GAGACUCCCGUUCUGAUGUGCGGCUGCUGAUUCCAAACCGAAGGAUUGGCGCACUCAUCGCCAAGCAACUUUACGGUCGAAACUUUUCCUAAAGAUAAUUUUUGGAGCAAAGAAUAUUUUCUGUGUCAUGGAUCUGGAAACCGGCAGGAUGGUGCCAGUAAUCAGACUGGUUAAGGAGAACGAGUUGCUGUGGAGCACGUUCCAUUCAGUGGGCACCGAGAUGAUAGUGACAGGCAGAGGAAGAUGUUUGUUCCCCCCUAUUGUCAUCACGCUACAUGGCUUAGAUCCAGAAAAGUCAUACACACUUAUGGUGGAUAUGGAAUCAAGCAGUGAUCAGCGCUACUCCUACACAGAGGAGCGGGGCUGGUGCCCAUCUGCACCAGCUCGACAGCAGCAAUCAAGUGGAGUUUAUAUCCACUCAGAUACACCUGCCCUCGGAGCUGAGCUAAACGACAAGCCCAUAACUUUCAAACUGCUCAAGAUCUGCACAACAAAUGGGACCGACAACAAAGGAAUGAUUCCCCUGACUCCAAUGCACAAGUACAGACCCCGAAUUCAUUUGAUUCAGAAUGCUGAGCAACUGAAGUCUAAACUUUGUUCGUGGACAUAUUGCUUCCCGGAAACAGAAUUUAUAGCUGUGGGUCACUACCAUAGCAAAAAGAUGAAGAUGAUGAAGAUAGAGUACAACCCUUAUGCCAAGGGUGCUCUACCACACAGCAGUAGAAGACAGAAGGACAUGCCACAAAGUGUGAUAGUUGAGGGCGUUGACUGUGGGAAUAGACGCAGCUCCUCCAUCAUGUUGGCCUGUCUUCAGCGAACACAGAACCCACCUUCACAGCGCUUGUCAUGUCCCAGUAAAACGCUGGAGCCUCUGAAAUGUGAGGCAGUCAGAUCCACACAUUCGCCACGGUAUCCUAGUCCAGCUGAACUUGAUGCUUAUGCCCAGAAGGUGGCUAACAAUCCACUAACAAUCAAGAUCUUUCCUACAAAUAUCAGGGUUCCUCAGCAUAAGCACCUUAAUAGGACUGUAAAUGGCUAUGACACUACGGGGCAACGCUACAGUCCAUAUCCAGUACACUCUGGAGGAUAUCAAGGUCUUUUAGCUAUUGUGAAGGUACAUAGCAAAAGUGUGGUGAAAAGUACAGAUGGCAAGAGGACGCGAAUGUCCCCAGCACAAGUUGGAAAUGGCAACAUUGGAGCCUACCCAGUGCCAAGCACUUUAGCGCAGAGUCAAUCCUGUACUGGGCAAUUAAGUUACCACAGUAGCCAGAAACCUUUGGAGGGACCUGUUCCACCUAAUGUGACUGUUGCCACAUCUGUGAUUCCAUUAGGAGGGCGAAGCCUGGCACUGCAGCAGUCAAAUCUCCCCUCCAUUCAAAGUAUUAUCUACCAGAUCAACCAGCAGUGCCAGGCUCAGGCAUCACAACAGGUUUCAGCUGCUGUUUGUCAGGGUGCUAUCAUUACCAAUCCAAGCCCAGCCACGGCCAGCCGCAGCACUGUCAAUGGUUUUACCAGUAUGGUCAAUGGCAGCGUGGUGUAUGCUGGAACAGUUGUACCUGAAUGUCGUGGAGGUGCAGAGUUGGCAACUGCUUCAAGUAUAACCUCCACAACGGGACCUAAAGCUGGGACCUACCCGGACGGAAUGGAUUACUUACUCUGGCAACAGAAACAACAGAUCCGUAUGUAUUCGGGCAAUGGUGGGGGGGGAGUAAUCAGUAAAUCGCCGGAGGUUUGUGGUGUCCCAAGACCCUACACCUUGGCACCUACUGUUGAAAAAAUUCCUUCAUCUCCUUUGAACUGUGUGGGUAUGCACUGUAAUUUUUCUACAGGACAAUAUCUAGCCGCCCCAUGGAACAGUGUGUUGGUGACACCAGACAGCGACUGUUAUAACCCACAGGACCUCACGAAUGGGCACCGUGACCUUGUCGUUCAGCCUUCGGAUGGACUGGCCAGUGUCUCCAGUAGAACGCUGUGUAAUACCUCUAUUCUCAGUAGUAGUCUGCAGUCACUGGAGUAUCUGAUUAAUGAUAUUCACCCACCCUGCAUUAAAGAGCAAAUGUUGGGUAAAGGAUACGAAACAGUUUCAGUACCUCGAUUGUUGGACCACCAAAAUGCUCACAUUCGACUACCGGUUUACAGAUAGAAACAGAACUGUUCUUCAGAAAGCUAGUACAAUGGUGUUAAAUCUUUUAGAGAGGUACACAGAAAUCUUCAGCCUCAAUACUGUAGUUAAAGGCAAAUGAAGUGGCGUGUUUAAAAUGGCCCAGGUAUUAACACGAUGCUGGAAUGAGUCUGGGUUGACAAAAGCAUGGAAUCUGCUGGUAUUAAUAAUGUAAGAUGGCAAUAUAAGAAAAAAAAUACAAUAAAAUGGGGACUAGGAUUUGACAUUGGACAACAGAAGGCAAGGAGCUAUUGGAAAUGUGCAGAAAGCUUCGCCAAAUGUGCUGGUGGGUCUGCAUGCAGAAAAAGUUUAAAUUAAAAUCCUGCGCUCAAUUCUGUGAACAUGUGGUCCCGAGAUCCUCCUCGCCAUUGCUGCUUGUCACUGUCAUUGUCAUCUUCAUCUUUGCCAUGAUUACUACUGCCUAAAUCAGAGUGGAGAGUCGUUAUUGCACUGUGUUGGAAUUAAAAGUGGGGACAGUCUAAAAUAUUAUAAAAGAAAGUAUCUUGGAAAACUUGAACUUAAUUCUUGUUUGAUUUUUUUAAAAUUUUGUGUUGGCUGCUAAUAAAUGUUUCUUUCCUUCUUAAAUUUAGGGAAAAGUUGAAGUUCGUAUGAGGGAAUUGUUAGUUUUGACAGAUUUUCUUACUGAAAUACAUGCCCACAAUUGUGCUGAAGUAGCAAAGCGAGCUGUGAGAAGAUGCAAGGGUUGAUGCCAUUGAUAAACACACUCAAAGGAAUACUGUACCUGGUAUUGCUGUUCUUUCCAUAGGAUUAGAAAACCCAUUAGGUGUUACAAUAAGUUGUAACAGCACAUUCCUACAGAAGCUGACUUGUCUAUAUACUGACUCUUUUUUAACCUUAUAAUUGAAAUAAAUGCCUGUUCAGCAACAUGGAACACUCAGAGAUUGUGGUGAAUAGCAAACACUAAUAUCUGAUAACAGUUCGAAAGUAAUAGUGGGUCAUGGAAGAAUGGCUAGCAUAGGGGGCAACCAGGCCUAGUUAUUUUUCAUUGUAGUCACAAUUAUAAUACUACUGCAUUCCACAAGGUAGUAUACCAUCUUUCUUCAUACAGUUUCUCCUCACAUUUGCUGCUUCUGGACUUUGCCAGCAUUUUUCUUGAAUUAGCCAAUAAUCCCUGAAUGAGCAAGCUUCACAGAGAUCCACAAGGCCAUUGACAUUUUUUUUAACGUAUACUCUUCUUCCUUACUUAUUUUCUCGAAGAAUUAACUGACCACUGCUCAGCUGCUAACUUAAAAACAGAAAGGGAAAUAGUAAGAUUAUGUUUUGCAUUUGAACUACCAGUCUUUUGGUUUUAAUAUCAAAUGUUCAUUAAUAAAAGUUAUUUCUAGACAGACAGCAUUCGGUUUUAUAAAUGAACUGCACUUUCACAAUAGGUUUCUGUUUAACCAAUAUGUAUUUGAUUAGAUUAAUCAACUUUAUUUCCUUCCAGCAGUUAAAAUACUUAAUAAGCUGUAUCCUAGUCAAAACUGAUUCAAUGUAUUGACAUGAAUAUGUAUAUUUUCUGCAUCUCUCUUGUAGAAACCUUUAGCUCAUGCAUAAUUUUUUUUCAACUGCAUUGUUUAAUGCCUGUGAAAAUUUCUUUGACCACAAAGGUUCAGUUUUAAUUUACUGUUUGUUACAAAAAUGAAAUUCCUCUAAUUUAUCAUAGCCCCACACCCCCAACCCACCCCGAACUCCAGCUACUACGUUCAAAGAUGUACCUACUUUUUUGUCAGCUGUUACACUGUACCCCUUUAAUCUUGAAAAUAGCAAACGGCUUCACGUUUUUCCUCAAAUUUGUUGGUGUCUCAUAAUUAGCCAUUGGGAAAGAUGAAUCGGAGUGAGAUAGUUGUAAGUUUAUCCUUUCUUUAAUCUCUUUGCCAUCACCUCAUUAUAUAGCUCCAAGCCCUGGCAAAUUUGACGCUAGGUUCCACGGUUCAGUUGUAAUAUUUUGGGGUUCUGUUUAAAGAGAGGUAGAACUGAAAAGGGGUAUAAUCAGCACCUACAAAGCAGUUUAAUAUUUCUAAAAAGCAUGUUUGCAGUGAGAAUAUUGUCCUUUCCUACUACAUGAGUUGGUGUACCUGCUGUGUAUUUCUAUUUUUUUAAAUUUUAUUUAGUGAUACAGCACAGAGUCGGCCCUCCCGAUCCUCCAAACCAUGCUGCUCAUCAACCCCCAACAAACCCAAUUAACCCUAAUGUAAUCACGGGACAAUUUACAGUGAAUAAUUAACCUACCCAGUACAUCUUUGGACUGUGGGAGGAAACUGGAGCACCCGGGGGAAAACCCUUGCAUUCCAUUAGGGAGGACAUUUGAUAAACAGCUAAAAUAUCUGUUUCGUAAUUCACAUCAUGCAUAUGAUUUGUUUGUCAUUUAUACUGAUAGAGAUUGGUCUUAAAAACUUUAGCGUGAUGUGAUUAAUUUAGUCCUUGGUUUCCUGCUAUUCUGUAAUUUUGUGCAUUGUCAAAAACAUUCUUGUGCCUAUUAAUCUUUCCUUUUUAAAAUUUUGGAGUUUUGUUUAAGAAAUGUUGGUAAAUCUCAUAAUAACCUAGGCUUGAGCUAGUGCUCUACAUUAACGUCUUUCUGUAAACCAAUGCAAUCCACCCAACAUUACAAUGUUGAACUUGCAGUCAGCUCCUCAAAUGCAGAGUGCUUAUUCGAAUUCAUUUCAAAGUUCAAAGGUAAAUUUAUUAUCAAACUACAUAUAAGUUACCGUACACUACCUUGAGAUUCGAUUUCUUGCAGGUAUUUUUGUGUAGAAUGAUUGGACAAUUCAGUAAAGAGCUCCUACAGACCAUAUUGCCAAUGCAUUCAGGAAGUUAGCAGUUUUGGAAAUUCUGCUUUAAAAGCCAACUGCCAUAGUUUUUUUAGAUACUGCUUAUUUUUAUCUUGUAACUGCUUUAAAUAUCUCUAUUGCCUCAUUUACUUUUAUUCUCUCUGCACACAAUUGUCUUGUAACAGAAGGGGAGAAAAUUAGAAACUGCAAAAUAUAUUUAUCUCAAAUUGCACAAUGGGAGUAAUUGUUUAAAAAAAAUGUGACACUAAAGAUACUAAUGUUUACUCAGCCUGAGUAAAACUGAAGUGUGAAGAGCAUAAAAGCAUAUUUUGGCAUUGAACCAUUUGUUUUUCUACUUGAUUGUUAAUAGUAUUCAGAUACAUUUGACAUUUACACGAGUCAAUAUAAACAAUGGUUGGGUUCGUCUAAGGAGUGAAAAUUAAGAACUAUUCGAAUAGAUUGAUAAGAUGUAGUAACAAAAGCAGUGUGAAAGUGUUUUUGUUAUAUUGUAUGGCUCUAGGAAAGGACGGAUGACUGGGUUCAUUUCUCAUUGCGAAGAGACUAUAGAUGAAAUAGUCAAUUAUACACAGUCAUUUCACCUAUGGUUGUACGUCUGGUUUCAGCAAAAUUAUGAGGUGAAAGUCUUGUCACUCAGUUAACUAUAAGGGCCCUAUAUAAAAUCAAUUUGGAACAUCAUCUAAUUUCUUUUUGUCCCUGACUUACAGUUCAGAAUAAUCUGCAUUAAAUUGUUUAAACACAGAACAUUACAGCACAGGGUCGGGCCCUUCUAUCUAUGAUAUCUAUGCCAACUAAUUCCAUUUCCCUGCACAAAGUCUAUUCCUGAGGACAUCUGAGUGCCUCUUAAAUGUUACAUUCAUUUCUGAUUCCACCAUCUGUCCUUCCAACAAGUUCCACUCUAAAACAAAACUUCACCAUAAAAUCUCCCUUAAACUUUCUCCCUCUUACCUUAACACUAUGCCCUCUAAUAUUUGACAUUUCCACUCCAGGGAAAACGAUUCUGACUAAUUACCCUAUCUAUUAGGUUUAGGAGAACAAGAAUGAAAAGUAUUCUACUAAACCAUGAGUUUGGAAUAAUAGGUAAAUUGUCUGUAUCUCUCUGAGCUGGGAGAUAAUGAUGCUGAUGACGAGUAUGAAUGUUGAAGAACAUUCCCUUUUAAUGAUUACAACUUCAACUCAAUAGAACAAAUAUGCAAGUUGAGCACUAAAAAUGUUUUUGCAUCUUCCAAAGAUCUAAUACUGGAGUAAAUUUCUAAGAUAGUGUGUCUGGAAUUUACAAGAUAAAUGUUUAAUUUAGUUAGAGAUCAUACAAGUUGCAAGACAUCUUUUUUCCUCAGUUAUUAUUGACUUGACCAAAAGUUUCAUAGUAAAUGUGUACGGUUUUGUCGUGCGGUUUAUUUAUUAGUCAUAUUGCAUUUCUCAACAUUUUAAUUUUUAAUUUCCUGAGUUCCAAAACAAUAAAAUAUAUAGAUAUUUUCUUACAAGAAAUGUGGCCUGAUAGCAUUAGAUGCCCUGGAAAUGGAACAGGUGAAAUGUUUUCUUAAUUGUCAGUUACUUGAGAUCAAUUGUACAUUUGUACAAGUCUGUUUGUUUUUUCAGAACGAGUACAGGGUUAGUAGACAGAAGUCCUCUCUGAAAGAUGGUAAUCUGAAAUGUAAGCACAAUAAGUAUUUAAUAGCAAAGUAUAAAGUAUUAUAAACUCCUUAUUUACAGAAGUAUUUGGACUGAUGUGUUUUCAGAAACACUCAUUCGUUCCCAUUUUCCACAUGCUGCUGUAACGUUAGGAUCUUGCUUUCCAUAGAGUAUUUACAUUGCUGAGGGAAAGAACUGCCACAGACUUCAUUUAUAAACUGAAUACCCUAUGGCACCAGAAUGAGAAAUUCUUCAUUAGUGUUACCUCUAGAAUUAGAUUAUUAUUUUCACCAUUCCACAAAGGGACGUUGGAAUUGGAAUCUGGACCGUUUAUAAUUUCUCGAAUGCUUUGAUAAUGGUCUUCACCCAGUUAAAGGACGGGGACGAAGAACAAAACCUUUGAAUAUUACUCCAUGACAUUUAUAAUCUCUGCAAUUCUGCUCCGCGCCCUGUGGUUAUGCCAUUUCUAUAAUGCAGAUAAAAGAGCCUGAGUGAUAUUGAUAGAGAUUUCUAAUAUUUCCAUAAUCACGCAAGUGAUGGAUGUCGGGCUGUUUUAACUAUAUUGAUUAUAAUUUACAUAAAUUACAAAUAUAUUAAAACAAUCAUGACUUCUAAUGGAUAUAUUGUGGCACAAUCAAUUCCACAUAAAAACAUUGUUUUUAAUUAUCCUACACAAGAACCUCUCUGAUAUCCUUAAAUGCUUUCCUUGCCUAUUACUUUGUAGGUUACUGAUGUAUGUAGCACAUUGCCUCUGUUAUGACACUGGAAUUGAGCAACACUUAUAAAACAAAACCAGCCUGUAAUGAUGAUGAACUUUAAGACUACACACCUGAUCUAAUUUUACACCAGAUCUGGAAACACAAUUCCCAUUUUCAACAGGAUUGUCAGCAACUAACUCUUCCCUGAAAUUGUGUUCAGGUAGUGCUCCAAACUAUCUGAACUGCAAGCUUAGAAAAAUUUCCUGAUUAUUUUUUUUUCAAAGCUCAAUUUAGAUAAAACUCCACUAUGUAGCUGCCAAUUAUCUCCUGCUCAGCACAUUGGAUUGAGUGUACAGAUGGAAACCCCAGUUAUCCAAAUAGAAAAUUAAGUAAAAGUGUUUCUUUGUGGUGGGUUGAGACUGUUACUGAAGAGAGACGCGGCAAAUGAUUUUCUACAGAGAAAAAGACUAUAUACAACUUCAUCUGAUAAUCACUGUCAAAUUUUGCUGAUACAAACAGAAUUCUAAUGUGACAGGUGACUUUAUCCACUUUGGAGCAAGCAUAUCCUUGGACAAACAAUAAGCUCUGUACAUAAGAGUAAUGGUAUUAAAUUCAAAAUAGGAUUCGGUGAAGAGCCACAUAGUCAUUCUGCUUUUCACCCUCAGCUGUUAAGUCAGUGCAAGUCAUCUGGCAAGUCAUUAGAGCUUCAACAACUAAAAACCCUGCCUUCCAAAACAAACAUUUUUUUUUCCCCUUAGAUAUUAAGAAUAGGCAAGGGAAUACCAUCUAAAGGAUGGAAUUUGUGUGAAGUGCACCUCAUUUAAAGCCUCUCUGAAAAAGGGUUUGUAGACUGGAGAAGUGGCAAAGAAAGAAGUACCCGCAUUUAAUUUUUAGUUAUUGAACUAUUAUUCAUGUAAUAGACUUCAACUCAAGUUUAAUUAUCAUUCAAACCAUACAUUCUGUAGAUACAGGUGAAUGAGACGGCGUUCCUCUGGGGCUCAGUGCAAAACAUCCAAAAUAGCAGGCAAUCAUUCAAAAAUAGCAAGUAACAUCAAAAACCUGAGAAAAAGGGUUAUCCUUACCAAGGCCAAAUCACUGAAGUUGGUUUGCUUGCCUGCUUUGAAUUUAACUUGCUCUAGAAAAGGAACAUACUCUGUUCAUAUAGUUUCAUCAAAAUUUCCAGUGGCAUCAUUGUUAGAAUUUAUCCUUCCUAAUUAGCAGGAGAAGGUGAGGAAGAGUUUGUCACAACCAACUUGCAAGACUAAAGUAUAAAAGAAGCAUUCCCUGUACUUCAGGGCAAAAUGUAUCACUUGGGAGCACUGUCCACAUGCAACAAGAAUAUUGGAUAGUAGAUCUGAAAGAUUGUGCAAAAGACACAUAUUUUAGUCUUUCUAGUGGGAAGUCAUCAAAACUAAAUAACAUUUUUUUAAAAAUUCUUUACUGAGUUCUUGUAGUAAAAUGGGCCUGUUUUCUGGCAUCUACGAAAUACUUUGUUGGUGGUUGUUAAGGAAUCUUUACAGAGGGAUAAAUGGUAAGGAAAAAUUACAAUUCAGGACAUCCAUAUCUUAUUGCCACUUUUAACAUUAAUGUGGACAGUUACAUGGAGUGAAAUUUAAAACUAAAAAUGGAUCUAAUUAAUUCCCUUUGGAAUCUAAUUAACAUUGCAGAUAGACAGAAGUAUUGAAGUAGAUGCUAUUUAUUAUGUUUAUUUUGCAGCAUUAAGUUGUUAGUGUAAUGGGCAUGAAUUAUUUCACUGCCCUCUUGCUCCCGAGGGAAAGGCUCUGACAGACAUCCCUAUUAUGUUCUUAGCACUGGUUUAAUACCAAAUUCAUUGCUGCCUAAAUGAAAUGUGGUAAAUCCUUUUCCACUGCAAGUCAAAAUUCAAAACAGGCAGACAAACCAACUUAAGUGAGUAGAACGGCCUUAGUAAAGUGAACACUAUUUCUUGGGUUUUUGAUUUAAUAGGAAAUUUGUUGUGUGUCAAGUGCAAAUUAAGCAGUACUUUGCUCUUUCUGAGUAAUCGAUUUUAAGUUAUUUUCAAUCAUUUCAUCUAAUUAAUUUACAAAAUAGAAGUCAUCGUGCGUGGAUUAUUUCUUGAAACUAAAGUAUUAUGUAACAAAAAGAAAGUUGGAUGCCCUUUUACCUUUGCAGGUACCUCCAUAUCUGCUGAAAUCAUCCUUCUAUUUUGAAUAGUUAUUCCCAACUGUUAUUUAAUAGCUUUAACAAAGAUUGCUUUGAAGUAUUAUUACAUUCUGGGAAGUUUAAAUGACAGAAAAAUCAAAUUGCUCUAGCACAGGAGUUCCCAGACUGGGGUCCACUAACCCCUUGCUGAAUGGUAUUGGUCCACGGCAUAAUAAAGAUUGGGAAGCCCUUCUUUAACAAAGUGACUGCUUGCAUAAAUUGAUGGCAACAUACUGACUUGUUUUGGAAAAUAUUUGAAUCCAUUUGAGCCCAAGCAUCAUGUCACAGUCCCUCAAGCUACUUUGCAUAUUGGGAGCAGGAAUUUGAAGUGAUGGUCAGCAGCAUUUUUGCUGUUCAGUAAGAUGUUUUGCUCCAGGCUGUUUCAAAUAGGACUUCAGUUAAAAGAUGGGAAGUAUUGCUAAUAGCUGAUGAAAUCCAGCCCAACAACUUACUUUUACAGCACAUCUCCUGACCUUACAGGAUCCUUCUGGUGAUAACAUUUGCUACCAGGCCAUUUAAGGAGUCCCAUUGCACAGCUGAUCAAAAGGAAGUUUAAGCUACAUCUUACAAGCAAAGUGGUUUAGGAAGAAAAUUACAGAUCUUAAAGCCUAAAGUGAUUGUGGAGUCAUACUAAUUGGGUAAAGAAACCAUUGAAUUUGAUUUCCAAUUAAGACUGCAUUUGUAAUGAUUUCUGAACUAAUUAGGCUCUGCUUUCUGGGGCUAAUCUACUUCAGCUGGGACAAGAGCCAGAAAAAUGUCUUUUAAAGUUGACGGCAACAAGGACUUAGUGAACUGAUAAAUUGUUAUUCUUGCCCUGUACUUCAAAAUCUAGGUGGAUGUAAUAUUACUGAAAGAAGGAUAAAGUCCAAUUCUGAUACUUACUCUGGGAUGAAGAGCCUGCAAUAUGACACACGAAUAACGUUAGUACAAGAAAAAGUAAGAUAUUGAAGGUAUCGGGGUAAAUGACCCAAGUGCUCAAACUUAGUAACGAAGUACUUGAGUAACUAGUGGCUGCAAGAAUCUCUGAUUUAUUGAAGCAAGAAAUUUUCAUGCUGGUUUUGACUAUCUAGUUAACUUAUUAAAUGUUUUGUUGACUUAAUCUUUUUAUCUGACAUUUCAGCAUGGGUACAGAGAGUUUAAAAGGGCUGCACAAUCUCACUACAAACUUUCAAUGAUCAAGCAUGGCAAAAACUAACUGUAUGAGGAUUAUGUCAAAUUCAAUUCUUUCCGUUUACAUCAGUUGAGCUAUGCUUUGUGUGAAAGAAGGUAUUUCGAUUACAUUCAGUUGAAACCUAAAUAAUUGUAGCACCAAAUGUAAUUUCCUCUGUGGAAAUUAUGUACAUAUUUAAUAAUGUAAUAUGUUAUACCUAUAUACAAUAUAUGUAUAAUAUAUUACUACUUGCAAAAAAAAAAUUGUCAUCACCCAGUGUGAAUAUUCUUGGCCAUCAAUCACACAGUACUUGCUGCCAAGCUAUUGGUACUGCAAUGUAUCACUAUACAUAAAGAAAGACCCAAGAACAAAAGAAAUUGUGUGUCACAUUUACACUAAACAUUUUCUGUAUUUAAGAUGUUCUAAGGUAAUCAUUUUCUGCCUUGUAGUCAUCCCCAGACAUUCGUCAUCUAAUGUAGUGGUAAGUGCUUCUGAAGCUGUCUUAAAACUUUUUUUGAAGAAAUAGCAAUUGUAUUAAUUUUUUUAAGUACAGUGCAAUAAGAUUUUUAAAUACAAAAGUAUGAAGCAUUGAUAUAACCCAGCAAAAUAAAUAAUACAUUAGAAAUUCCAUUUUCUAUUUUAGUGUCAUCAAAUAGGCUUCAGGGAAAGGGGCUAAACCUUCAUAUUUGUGAAUAGUUACCUCACAUUGUGAUAUUCGUGAGUUAAAAUUCCAAUGAUCUGCUUAGUUUGUUUUGAUUCUGGUCCAGCGUAAUCUUUAGAUAGUUUUUUAAGAUGUACUUUUCCAUUCUGUGGCAGAUUAUUUUCCAUUCCAGCUUUUAAUUUUUGCUUUUUGAAAAUUCUAAACUGAAGUAAAGGUUGAUUCUGAAAAAUUUGGGCCCAGCCAUCUAAUCAAUUGAGACAAGCUUAGGAAAUGAAAAGUAGCUUUCAGGUCAAUUUGCUGUGACAAAUUUGAGCAAGUUUUUGGUUAAAUUUUCUGAUCCACACCAAUAAUAAAGUUGUAUGCAUCAUUAAGUAAUAGAAACUUCUUUAUUUCUUGGAGAGUUAUUGAGUGCUACUGUCUGACCUUGGGGAUGAUAGAGAAACACAUUCCGUCUAGCCCUAGUUUUAUAUGUGAAACAAACAGAGAGAGAAAGAAGUUCGCGAUUACCAUCUAAGGUGCACCUUGCUUUUAAAAGCCUGCAGUAUUUCCAUAUUUGUGUUUUAAAUAUUUUGUAAAUGUUUCCUCAGGAAAAUAAGGUGUAAUAUUGUGUAUGUAUGAAUGAAGAAAGCUGGUUUAUUUGAAGAAAUGUAACUAAAUGCUGUAACUUCUCUGGCCUUGGAACUAACUACUCUGAAUGUGCCUAUGAUUCCCUCAUCCUACACAUAUGCUUUCUGUCGCUCCUAGAUUAAACAGGGUACAGCCCUGUGUUGCUAUUCAGACAACCCUGUCGAAUUUUGUGUUUAUUUUUUGUCGAUCUCAGGACUGAAACUUCUUUAUUUUAUGUAGAUGUUUUAUUUAUUCUGUUUCUUUAUUUUAUUAUUGGUUAACAUGAAAUGAAUAAA